GAGGAAAAACGAUCGUCCUGUUGCCGUGCAGUUGUUGGGAGCGCACACCUGUUUGUUACGACAGAUGGUCUACAGAGUGCUCUUCUGUCAACUGAAGCCUGCAGUGUGUUUGGAUAGUGUGUGCAGUUGGUCAGCUGCUGUAUCUGCCCUCAUCAGCCUUAUCGGACUCGCAGCGCACACAUAUUUAAUCAGCCGGCUGUUUUUCCUGUUGUUAAGCUCAAAGGGCAUGUCUUCAACUCAGCAGGCACCCAUGAGUGGAGCUUUGUGAGUGGGCAGCAAUCAGCCCCAUGUGCUAGAUGUCUAUGACAGAUCCAUGGGCCAGAAGGACCAUGUGGAGGCAGGAGCAGGCCACAUCCUCGACCUGGGGCUGGAUUUGGAGUAUCUCCACGUAGCAGGGGCCGACCGGCAGACUGGCGGCGCAGACGGGCCCCCUGCUAUGGAGGAGCAGGGGGAGAGCUCCAGCACCGCCGAUUCCCCUCCCCCGCUGGUGGAGGAAAAUGCCAGGUCUGACGCAGAGAGUGAGCCGGCACCGUCGUCUUCCAGCGCCACCCCCGCUGCCAACCCUGACCCGGACGGAGGGGAGGACGGGUCAGCGCACACUAAGAACACCCACCAGCCUCUGUGCCGGACCCAGUGUGUGGAUCUAGGGACUGAUGGGCCUCCCGAGCCACCCACCGAGCUGGAACACGACAGCCCGGCACACUCCCCACCUAACUCCCCACGUAAGCACCCAUCAGAUCCGGCGUCUGAAGCCAGUGUGAAAGAGUACCAGGCCAAGCUGGACUUUGCCCUGAAGCUGGGCUACUCCGAGGAGACAGUACGGCUGGUGCUGUCCAAACUGGGCCCUGACACCCUCAUCAAUGAUAUACUGGGAGAGCUGGUCAAACUGGGCACCAAAUCAGACUCUGAGCACCCAACCACAUCCUUAGCCUCUACCUCAUCCUCUUCAUCCUCCUCUUCCUCCUGUGCUUGCUCUGAUUUGUUGGACAGCCAGCGGUCGGACUCGCCUUCUCUGUCAGAGUCUCUGUGUGACCAGGACAACCUGCGGCCCAUUGUGGUGGAUGGUAGCAAUGUAGCCAUGAGCCACGGCAACAAGGAGGUGUUUUCCUGCCAGGGAAUCCAGCUGGCUGUGGAUUGGUUCCUAGAUCGUGGUCAUCAUGACAUCACUGUGUUCGUUCCUGCGUGGAGGAAAGAGCAAUCGCGGCCUGAUGCUCCUAUAACAGACCAGGAGAUCCUGCGCCGCCUUGAAAAAGAAAAGAUUCUCGUCUUCACUCCUUCGCGACGCGUACAAGGCCGCCGUGUGGUUUGCUAUGACGACCGCUUCAUUGUGAAGCUGGCCUAUGAGUCAGACGGCAUCAUUGUGUCCAAUGACAACUACCGUGAUCUGGCUAAUGAGAAGCCUGAGUGGAAGAAGUUCAUCGACGAGCGGCUGCUCAUGUAUUCUUUUGUCAAUGACAAAUUCAUGCCCCCAGAUGACCCACUGGGUCGUCACGGCCCCAGUUUAGAUAACUUCCUGAGGAAACGACCGGUUAUGCCUGAGCAGAAGAAACAGCCUUGCCCAUAUGGAAAGAAGUGCACUUAUGGCCACAAGUGUAAAUAUUACCACCCAGAGAGAGGAGCUCAGCCUCAGCGCGCUGUUGCAGAUGAGCUGAGGGCCAGCGCCAAGACCUGUGUCACCACAAAGAACCAGGGAGACACAGGGCUGGUGAAAAGCCACAGUGUGCCAGCUGGCAGCAUCGAGGCCAAAAAAGGAGCCCCCAAACGGCAGUCAGACCCCAGCAUCCGAGCUCUGUCGUACAGUGACGCUGAGGAGAAGCUAUUGGCCAAGGGUCGGCCUGAAGGCCAGAAGAGUAGUUUGUGUAGCAACAGCAGUAGCAGCUCCAGCAGUAGCAGUAGCUGCAGUGGGAGUAUAACCAUGUCUCCAGCCCCCGGAGGCCCCCCCUCGGGCAUGAGCCUCCACCAGGACCCACCCUCCAGAGCAGCCACACCUCAUGGUCUACUCCCAGCCCCCAGCCAUGACCUUUACCCUCACUGUGAGUCCCCAGACUUGAGUUACUACUCAGUUACUCGUGCCUACUCUGGCCUGAGCCUGUCCACCAGACGGAGCCCGGACUGUCGCUUCCCCAACGACACCGACCUGCGGCUCGGCUCCAUGGGCUCCGCAGGCUCUGAAUGUGGCAGCGAAAGCAGCGCGAGUUGUGGAAGCAGCUGCGACUCAUACGGUGAGAGACCGUGUCCUGGAUGCCCCACGGACACUUUACUCGAAGACAGCAUCCAUUAUCCCCACAGCAGGAUGUACCCCCAUCACACCACGUCCAGCCAUGAGCUGUGUGGCCUUCAUCCUGCUGAGUACACAAAUAUCCAACACAGCCACACAUCCAGCUCUGUAGUCCACAGCUACCACAUGGCACGCGGCCAGAGCUGUGCACACGAUCCACCUCCAGACGCUCCACCGAAGCGUCCCCUCUACCCCUUACCACCUCAUCUUCAGCACCAACCUCUGGCUGCUCGUUCCAGCUGCCCGGGGGACUACCACUCCCUGCCCCAGUCCAGCCCACACCCUCCUGGCUCACCACUGGGACGUUGCCUGGCCCCGACGCGAGCAGAAAGCGUGUCAGACUCCCACCUGUACGAACAUCUCUCUGCACCCCACCAUCACCACAGACCCAAAACCCUUCCCAGCUGGGACACAUACUACAGGCCGCCUCUGCCCCCGUUACGCUACGAACCUUCGGCCUAUCAGAGCCUACCAGACACCCGCCAGUCCUCCUGGCACGCCUCGUCAUCCUCCUCGUCCUCCUGGGCGCAGGAUGGCUACACCCAGCACCACUCCUCACACCCAGCUCUUCACCCAUCCCCGACUCAUUACCUCAGCCACCCGCCCCCUCCUCACCCUCCCAGCACAGGCCUCCCCCCCUACUCAUCUCAUAGCUCUCACCUCACAGUGCCCACCUCUUCCUACAUGCCCCAACACCCAGAAUCCCCUGCACACAAUCGCUACGGGGACUCCAGGGAGAAAGUGUAUGUCAACCUUUGCAACAUCUUUCCUCCUGAGCUGGUGAGCCGGGUGAUGGCCCGGAGCCCCCACAUCACAGACCCCCAGCAGCUGGCAGCUGCGAUCCUGGCUGAGAAAGCCCAGACUGGAUACUGAACCUCCCAAGGAGAAGUAUCAUUCAAUAUCCGAAAACAAACUACUGUCACUGGACCAUGCUCGGGUUGUUUCCAGGGAGUGCUUUUCCUCUUCUUGGAACUUUAUUGGGAUAAUUCACACAUUUAAACAAUAUAAAACGUUGAAGAUAAUCCAAACACAGCUUUGGUCACUGUCCAGAAACAGCAACUUAACUCAGAGUGGAGAGCAAGCUCAAUCUCAGAAAAGUCACAUGAUGAGAUCUCUGACGCGGACAAAAAGUACAACUCGUGGAGAUAGUUCUACAUCUGCUCAGUUCAUCUUUUAAGUAUUUAAUUAGUGGCAUUUUAUUUGUGUCUUUGACAUGCAAGAAUUAUGCAUCAGAAUGAAAAGGCACUUUUCCAUCAAAGCGGAAUCACAUUAGUCAGAAAUGACACAAACAUACAGGAUUUUGAUUUCUAAAAUGUAUCCAGACAUAUUACCUACAUCUGUCACAAUGCUCAGCUAUUUGUUUCUUUCUUAUUUUUAGUACCAGAUGGAAGGGGUUUACAACUGGAGAGAAAUGUGCUUAUCUUUCCCUUUUACACAAUUACUGUUUUAUUUCAGACCGCGUGUGUAUUAUAGAAAUCUCUUUGUGUGUGUUUCGUGACGCUUAUUUGUGCGUUUUUUUUUUUCCAUGUCGGUAAAAAAAUAGGUGUCUGAAAGAUUGUCGUCUUGUUUGAGAUGACGUCAGUAUUUUGGUCAGAGUUGUAGCUGUAGAGAUGGGUGACCCUGUCGUGUGUACCUUAGUUUUAGUAAGGGACAUCUCUCUCUCUCUCUCUCUCUCUCUCUCUCUCUCUCUCUCUCUCUCUUUCUCUUUCUCUUUCUCUCUUUCUCCUCUAUUUAUCCAUCACUCUCUUAUCUCUCUCUCUCUCUCUCUCUCUGGCCCGUUAUUUUGGGUCAUCUCUGGUAUCUGCUACAGACAGGAAACACAUCCCGCCUCAGUAAAUGUAUGUAUUGUAAAUAUAUUUAACGGAUUCCCCUCCCCUCUGUGCUCUGGUUUAAAAGCGCCAACUGUUGUCUGUAGCAGAUCCCAGCUGAAUCCAUGCUAGACAGAGAAAAAUCUUGUUUGAUACAAAUUGUAUCAUGAACUAAGUCGCUGAUGUUAUAUACAGUACAUGGACUUGUUGAUCCGUAUAUUUAUCAAACACUCUUGAUGUAUUGCUAUAUGAUGAAGUGAAUUUUGUUCCAACAGAGAUGUUCCAACUUUUAAUCUUGUGGAAGUAGCUUUGAGACAAUUAUUUCCGAUACGUUAUGAAACAAAAGGAGCAGUCUGCCUUCUAUGUUUAGGUACCACUACUUCCUUAUCUUAUGGGUUUGAAACUGGCUUAGUUUAUUAUUUUACACGAGCUCCAAUUUAUUAAAUAUCAUGCUUUUGGUUUAUGGCAGUACAGUUUACUGUACAUUUGGGGUUAAAAUGGAUUAUUCCCAACAAGUCAGGCAUCUUUUAAAAUAACUUAUAAGGCCUAAUGCUCAACAAAUGUUUUGUAUAUGUACAAGUCAAACAUAAAUUAACCCCAAUAUGUCUAAUGAGUACAUGCCAUAUCCCUAGUUGGUGGUCAUUUUGAUUCUACAUUGAAUAUUUUUUUUAUUACAACUAAAAUUGCUUUUAGCCAGGCAAAGCAUAUGUAACAAUUACAAGCUACCCUCAAGACAAAUUUUAAGGUGUAUUUGGGAAAAGAAAUUCUGUAAGUACAUUGAUAAAGGAUACACGAUGACUGUUGAGGUUACAUGAGCACUUAAGAGACAUUUCUCUGCAUUUUUCACACCUAAACUUUCUGCAAAUUGACCUCAGUUUUUAGCCUGAAACCUGAAAUCUGAACACGAAUUGCACUUUUUGUCUGAAUUAGCCUUCAAUAUGAGAGUGAAGGUUAAUGUAUAUACCAAGAAUCUCAAUUUUCAAAGUGGCCACCAAAUGAUGGAAAUAAAUACAUAAGGAGUGAGCUCAUUCUACAGUUUAUCACAAGCCAGCUACAUUUUAGCCCACUGGUUUCUUUCCUGUCCAACGUGCCAGAUUGUAGUAACAUAGAUACUUGUACAAUAACAGGCACUGUUGCUGAGAGAGAUCCUUUAUGUGUAUUGAAGAAGCGCCUCCUCUCUGGCCUCCUGGCACUGUGUGUCAGUGUGGCACCUGAGCGUGGGCCCAAAGUAAUGCCUCUUCAUGGCAUUGUGCUUAUGACACAUCCGAUACUCUGAACUAUGUUCAGCUAACUGUUAUGCAUGUUUUGAUUUGUUUUGGUUUCAGCAUGAUUAAUUUGUGUAAAUAUCUGUAUUUCUGUGCUGGAAGUUGCCAUUACCGUGCCCUGAUGCUAGCUGUUGAGAUGCCUUAUGAAUGGCUUAUUUCUCUGCUUGUCACUCUUUUAUGUCAUAUCUCUCUUAGUACUGAUUUGAAUCCAGCACACUACACUACAAUAUGAAAUCAAAUGGAAAUGCUAUUCUCUUUACUACCAGUCUUGACAUUUAUUGUAAAUGAUCAAGAGGCAUGUUUUUGAACGCAGCCCACUUUUCUCUGGCAUGGUUUGUUUUGAAAGUGCGUUCAGCCAAAGAUGGUGAUACUGCAGUACAUUACAAUAUAAUGAAUUGUGUUGGUAUUACAAAUGUUACAAUGCACUGUACUAGAUUAACACAACUUUCUUUCAAAUGAUACUUACAAUUUGUCAGUAGAAAACCAGUGUAACUUUAUUGUAACAUUUUCAACUGUGACUGUGGUUGUUCAUUAAAGCCAGUACAUUGA